UCAGAAGGCCUGUCUAUCAGGAGGCGUGUCUAUCAGGAGGCGUGUCUAUCAGGAUGCAUGUCUAUCAGGAGGCAUGUCUAUCAGGAGAUCUGUCUAUCAGGAGGCCUGUCUAUCAGGAGGCCUGUCUGUCAGGAGGCGUGUCUAUCAGAAGGCCUGUCUAUCAGGAGGCGUGUCUAUCAGGAGGCGUGUCUAUCAGGAUGCGUGUCUAUCAGGAGGCAUGUCUAUCAGGAGAUCUGUCUAUCAGGAGGCCUGUCUAUCAGGAGGCGUGUCUAUCAGGAGAUCUGUCUAUAAGAAGGCCUGUCUAUCAGGAGGCCUGUCUAUCAGGAGGCGUGUCUAUCAGAAGGCGUGUCUAUCAGGAGGCGUGUCUAUCAGAGGGCGUGUCUAUCAGGGGACGUGUCUAUCAGGAGGCAUGUCUAUCAGAAGGCGUGUCUAUCAGGAGGCGUGUCUAUCAGGAGGCGUGUCUAUCAGAGGGCGUGUCUAUCAGGAGGCGUGUCUAUCAGGAGGCGUGUCUAUCAGGGGACGUGUCUAUCAGGAGGCGUGUCUAUCAGGAGGCAUGUCAAUCAGGAUGUGUGCCUAGCAGGGGACGUGUCUAUCAGGAGGCGUGUCUAUCAGGAGGCAUGUCAAUCAGGAUGUGUGUCUAUCAGGAUGCGUGUCUAUCAGGGGACGUGUCUAUCAGGAGGCGUGUCUAUCAGGGGACGUGUCUAUCAGGAGGCGUGUCUAUCAGGAGGCAUGUCAAUCAGGAUGUGUGCCUAUCAGGAGGCGUGUCUAUCAGGGGACGUGUCUAUCAGGAGGCGUGUCUAUCAGGAGGCAUGUCAAUCAGGAUGUGUGUCUAUCAGGAGGCGUGUCUAUCAAGAGGCGUGUCUAUCAAGAGGCGUGUCAAUCAGGAUGCGUGUCAAUCAGGAUGCGUGUCUAUCAGGAGGCGUGUCUAUCAGGGGAUGUCUCUAUCAGGAGGCAUGUCUAUCAGGGUACGUGUCUAUCAAGAGGGGUGUCUAUCAGGAGGCGUGUCUAUCAGGACGUGUCUAUCGGGACGUGUCUAUCUGGAGGCGUGUCUAUCAGGGUACGUGUCUAUCAAGAGGGGUGUCUAUCAGGAGGCGUGUCUAUCAAGAGGCGUGUCUAUCAAGAGGCAUGUCAAUCAGGAUGCGUGUCUAUCAGGAGGCGUGUCUAUCAGGGGAUGUCUCUAUCAGGAGGCAUGUCUAUCAGGGUACGUCUAUCAAGAGGGGUGUCUAUCAGGAGGCGUGUCUAUCAAGAGGCGUGUCUAUCAAGAGGCUUGUCUAUCAGGAGGCUUGUCUAUCUGGAGGCGUUUCAAUCAGAAGGCGUGUCUAUCAGGAGACAUGUCUAUCAGGAGGCAUGUCUAUCAGAAGGCGUGUCUAUCAGAAGGCGUGUCUAUCAG